AUGUCAAACACGACUCUGGCCACUUCCCCGACCACAACUUACCUCGGCCGUCAAAGUGAAGGCCUUCCUCGCGUCCUCCUGGUGAUAUUCAUCGUCUUCGCAUCAGUUCUCCACUCACCUGGGACCGGAGCGGAGUCGCUGCCCCCAACGAUCGAGUGGGCGGAGCCGGCCGAUGGCCACUGGUGGGACCCACUCAGCUGGCGCGAUGCGACUACCGGCUCUCCGCGCGUGCCCACCGCGCACGACUCGGUCCUCAUCUCCACCUUCCCCAACCAGACCUACAGCGUCAUCGUCGACGCACUCCAAACGGGGCAGGAGCUGCGGGUGGCGUGGCUCACCGUGGGUUCCAACUACUCCCUGACCGACUGCUGCGAUAAGAGCUCGGGCCUCGGCAAUGCCGGGUGCUACGCCGCCCUGGUCCUACGCGGAGUGAGCCUGACGGUGGAGCAGGAGCUGGUGGUGGAGUCCUACGGCGUGGUGCGGUUCACCAGCCCUCUCGUGGGCGCUGAAGCCGCCGAAAACGGCUCCCUCUGCACGGUGACGUCGCCUUUAACCACGAUCGCGGGCUGGGCACAGGGCAGCGUUACCUUCAACGGCAACGUCGAAGUGACCAUGCUCACCCUCUACGCCGACGCCACGAUGCAAUACACGUGGGCCAGGUGGCUGGUGGAAGGCAACCUGACCGUGGAGCUGCAGACAACGUUCGAGCUUUACAUUCCAGAAAACUACACCGCCGCAACCGACCCCGUCGCGCAGAUCAAGACGGUCAACCUGAUCCUGCGCAAGCCGACCGCCCCUGCGCGGAAGAGAGGCCUCGUCCCUGCUCAGAUAUGCAUCUUCAAGGAGGUCGAAAAGGUGAUCAACAUCCCCAUCUCGGGCUGGCCGCCCAUUGAGCCGCCCUCCCUCUUCUUCUUCGACAACUUCACCGGCGGACUGCCGAAGGAUUUCCCUACAUCCUACGGUAGGUAUCGUGCAUUGCCGACGUUGGAGAUUCAGGCGCCCAAAUGCGUGUGGUAUUGCUACAACCCGUGGGACCCUCAACCCUUAAAUUCUGAGCCGUGUUCGGUGAGCUCGUCGCACUCGUUCUCGACCCUCCUGGGCGUUGACUCUGGCUACUCUGGGUGUAACUGCCCUCCCGGGAGGUCAGGCUCCCAUUGCCAGAACGUCUACUGCCCCGGCACUCCCGCGUGCAGCGGGCGCGCAAUCUGCGACGAUUCGACGGGCUCACCACGCUGCCCCUGUCCCGUGGGCUGGACCGGCUUCGCUUGCGAGAUUCCGGAUUGCCCUGGAAGUCCGGCGUGCUCUGGCAAUGGCCAGUGUGUGAGCACGGUGGCAGUGCCCUUCUGUCGAUGCCACGCCAAUUGGACCGGGCCAGCCGGCCAGCCCAACGAUUGCUCUGACCGUGAUCCUGUAACAGUGCCGAUCUGCAGCAACAACUGCACGAGCCCGGCCAACGGGGUGUGCACGGCGGCCGACACUGGCGCGCCGCACUGCCAGUGCCUCACGGGCUGGACACUCGGACCCGACCUCGACUGCUCCACCCCAUACUUCAAAUGUCCCGGACGAGGCGGAGUGCAGUGCACAGCCCAUGGCGAGUGCAACAGCACGUCGGGCCAAUGCACGUGUGACCAAGGCUGGCGUGGUCUCGAUUGCUCACAUCCCGACUGUCCCGGAACGCCGGACUGCAACCAUCGUGGCGAGUGCGUGGCUGUGAAUGUCAGCGGAGUCAUCGAGCCCCAAUGUCGGUGCAGCUCCGGCUGGACCGGCGCCGAUUGCUCCGUCGUCGUACUCACGCGAUUGGUUGGCGGCCACGCCGUAGCCGAGUGUUCGCUGGGCGACGGCUGUUCGGCGAACGGCAAGUGCGUGGAGGUGGGACUCGACCCGCCGCGCUGCGUGUGCUCGGCCGGCUGGACCGGCGUCAACUGCUCCGUCGCCCUGACCGACUGCGCCGCCACUUCGCAUUGUGCCGCCGCCAGCUGCGUGGGCGACGCGACCAAAUCGUGCACGGCCUGCGAUGGCGACUGGCGCGGGGCCGACUGCAACACGCCGUACUGUCUGGCGGCGAAUGACUGGAGCGUGUUCCCCGAGUGCUCCGGCCAUGGGUCGUGCUCGGUGGCCGAAGGCAGCGAUCAGCCGGCUUGCCAGUGUCGAACCGGUUGGCUGCCUGGCCCUGCCAACGACUGCGUAACUCCGGCGUGUGAGGCGGAGGAGGGGCAAGCCGAGUGCUCGGGCCACGGCGUGUGCUCUACCGAGGUGGCCAACCCGACGUGCCUGUGCGACGCCUUCUUCUACGGCGACUCCUGCUCCAUCUUUGAGCUGUCGUGUCCGGGCUCGCCUGCCGACUGCACGGACAGCGAGCACGGCACCUGCGUCAAUGGCACGUGCCAGUGCGCCGACAAGUGGCGCGGUGCUGACUGCUCCGUGGUGCGGUGUCCGGGCGCCGAGGAGAACUGCAACGGGCGGGGCACCUGCGACUCGAGUGUCGAGCCCGCCCAGUGUCGCUGCGACAAGCACUGGACCGGCCCCGACUGCGGCACACACCCGCCGCAGUGCGUGUGCCAGCCCUUCUGGGGCGGACCGGACUGCUCCGAGAGCCAAACGCAGGGCAGCUCGUCGGACGACAGCUCCAUGACGGCCUACGCUGCCAUCGGCGGAGCCCUCGGCGGCGGGGCUGUGCUGCUGAUCGUGGGCGUGAUCGGAGCCUACGUCGUGUUCAAGGCUGUCAACGCCUACAAGGACUACCAGAUCAACAAGGGCCUACGAACAGGUCGGGUCAACUUUGGAGGUGAUGAUGGGCUAUGA